UAGGUAACAAAUCCUCGGAUAAAACGGUACAUCGCCUUAACCCUACUCGAUAUACGUCUAAUCGACAAUAUACUCAAUGGGGUUGAAGAAUGGUUUUUUUCUUCUUCUUUUUACCUCCCUGUUUUGGUAUCUUAUCGCACAGUAUCAGAGCGCCUGGCACUUCCACUCAUAAAAAAAUGGAGAGCUGCUCGUAAUUCCGUUAAAAUGCUUCGGGUCGUUUAGAUACGCCGGUGACAAUGCAUUCGAGGCGCUAUUUUAGCAGGCAGGACAUACCUAGUGCCGUCCGUAUCUGAUUAUUCUGAUGUCGCUAAGUUAAACAAGUACAUACCUAACCUAACCUAGCCUAAAUCAUCAUAUCAUGGAUUGGUUCCGCCUCCCGCGUCUCGGCCGCGAUACGGUCUGGCUGUACUCGUCAGCCGUAAUCGUGGCAGUGGCCGGGCUCGUCAAGCUUCGUCAGGGCGUGGUAGAUUACGCCUACACGGAGACGCACUGCUACCAAUCCGUGCGUACCAAUUCAGCCGUAGAGCCCUACGUGAAUUGCUUCUCGGUCUCGCCCACCGGGAAGUUCUCGAAGGUCUUCAAGGCACCUGCUGAUUCGGAUCUUGCGCGAAAUGCCAGCUCCGGCUAUGCUAUGCCUGGAUUAUGGGAUGGGCAUGGACAUCUUCUACAGUAUGGCGAGUUCUUAAACUCGGUCGAUCUUUUCGGAUCUACUACUAUGGAUGACGUUCGGUCUCGAGCGCGGAAGUAUCUUGACCAAAAUCCCGGAGCUGGGUCGAAAGAAGAGUGGUUAAGAGGCGUCGGAUGGGACCAGAUGGCUCUGGGGAAGAUGCCGACUGCGGAUGACCUAACUGUCGACAAAGAACUAAAGGAUCUAUACAUUAUGCUCGAUAGAGUAGAUGUACAUUGUAUCUGGGUUUCCCAGGCUGUUCUAGACUUGCUUCCAGAGUCUAUCCCUGAUGUUCCAGGAGGCGAGGUCGUUAGGGAACCUGGGAUGGGCGUCUUUUGCGAUAAUGCAAUGGAUAUGGUCAUGGAGCUAUGGCCAAAGCCGGAUACUACGAAGAAGCAGAAAUUCGUCAAAAGUGCCAUGGAAAAGCUAAACGAAGUAGGCCUCGUGGGAAUACAUGACGCUGGCGUCACACCUGGAAACCUGAACCUCUAUAAAGAGUUAGCAGGUGGUGUUGACUGGACGGUACGAGUAUAUGCUAUGAUAGAGUGUUACGAACGGAAUACAUUCUGCCCAGAUGAAGUCGAACGCUACACAAGCCCAGAUGGCCUCUUAAGUAUACAAAGCGUAAAGCUUUUCGCCGGAAGCUGGGGUAGCGCUCUAAUUGACCCCUAUACCGACCGUCCAGACACGUCAGGCUCUCUCCUCGUCAACGCGUCCGAAUUGGUAUAUGACACUAUUGCAUGGGCGAACGAGGGUUUUCAAGUCAACAUACACGCAAUUGGCGACCUAGCGAACCGAAAUGCAAUCGACGCCAUGGUCGCCGCUCUCAGACUACUGUGUCCCGACGAGCCUCUCUCGCGGUGCCAAUCCCGCCACCGCUUCCGCAUCGAGCACGCCCAGAUCAUCCACCCGGACGACCAGGCCCGCAUCCACGCGAUCGGAAUCAUCCCCUCCAUCCAGCCGACCCACGCUACGAGCGACAUGACGUACGCGGAGAAGCGGCUCGGCAAGGAGCGCACCGCGACGGAAGCGUACCGGAUGCGCUCCUUCCUGGACGUUAACCUUGUGCUGGGGAGCGAUUUCCCUGUCGAGCCGCCGGACCCGUUCCAGGGCAUCUACGCGGCCGUCACGCGGCGCAGCCCGCACACCGGCAGGGGUACGAACGACGCGCCCGACGGUUGGUACGCCGAGGAAGAAGCGCUCGACCUAGACCAGGCGAUCCGCGGGUUCACGGAGGGUCCUGCGUAUGCCGGUUUCACGAAGGGCAAGACGGGGGUGAUUAGACCGGGAGCGUUCGCGGAUUGGGUCGUCUUGGAUGCGCCGCUCGAGGGGCUGGAUGUGGAGGAGCUGCGCGGGUUGAAGGUGCGGGAGACAUGGGUUGCGGGUAGGAGGGUGUAUUCGAGGGACUGAGGCGAUGGAUGGCGCAUAGGGUUGGUAUAUAGAGGGUAGAUCUCAGAUGUUUAUAUACCCCCUAGAUCAUUUAUAGAGUAAAUGCCUGCUUUAGGUUAGGUUAGGUAGUUAUUAUAAAUUAUAACGAGUCCCAUCGAAUAAAAGGAAAGGGGGAGAGGGGUGUGUGUGUAUGUGUGUGUGAUAGAGAGAUGGAGAAGCAGACGCCGUUUCUAGAUACCAACAUAUUGGUAUUCGUCUAUUGCACGUUGGAUUUGCUGAGCAUAAAUGUCUACCUAACCUAAGGUAUCCUAGCAGGUACUAUUUGUAUACAAUAUUACUACACAAGUAGGCUUGUAGUACAAACAUCAUCA